AUGUUAAAAAAUAUUUCAAUAUUUAAUACUAUAUUUAAUGACGCCCCACAACCUUGGCAAAUUGGAUUUCAAGACAGUGCAGCUCCAGGUUUUACAGGAAUAGUUGAACUACACAAUACUAUAUUUUUUUACUUAGUAGUUAUUUCAGUAGGUGUAUUUUGGGUUUUAGGUUCAAUUAUCUAUUACUAUAACUCUAAAAAAUCUCCAAUCGUUCAUAAAUAUCUUAACCACGGUAUAGAUGUGCCUUUUCAAAAGUGUUUUAAGUUUAAUAAUUUAAAUAAUCUAAAUUAUAUACGUUUUUACAGUACAACACCUUCUUCACAUGUUAAUAGCAUAAAGUUUUACGAAGAUGCUUAUUCUAUGAAAAAUUCAAUUAUAUUAGAUAAUAAAAAUAAAUCUGGUAUUUACAAAUGGACCAAUAAAUUAACAAAUGAUAUAUAUAUUGGGCAAUCAGUAGAAUUAGCCAAAAGAUUUAUAAGAUAUUUUAAUCUUAGUUAUUUAAGGAAUAGAGCGAAACGUGUAAUAAGUAGAGCUUUAAUUAAAUACGGAUAUUCUAAUUUUUCAUUAGAGAUUUUAGAAUAUUGUGAUAUAGCUGAUUUAACAGAAAGAGAACAAUAUUAUUUUGAUAAAUUAAAUCCUAAGUACAAUACUUUAAAAAUAGCAGGUAGUUCUUCAGGCCAUAAGCUUACUGAAGAAACUAAAACAAAAAUUAGUCAAUCUUUAAAAGGAAUUUAUGUUAAAGAAAAAUCUGCUUUAUAUGGUCGUACGCAUACUGAAGAAACUAAAGCAUUGAUGGCUUUAAAAAAAUCUAAUGAAAAUAAUCCUUUAUAUGGUAAAACUCAUAGUGAAGAAACUAAAGAGUUAAUUAGACAAAAAUCUUUAGGUAGAAAACAUUCUGAAGAAACUCUAUUAAAAUUGAGUGCUAGUAGAGGUUAUCUUGUUUACAUACAUGAAAAAUGUGAUUCAGAAGGAUUUAAUUUAAUCGGUAGUUUUGUUUCAAUAAGAAGAGCUGCUAAAUUUUUAGGAAUUAGUCACAAUACUGUAAGACUGUAUAUAAAUUCAGGUCAAAUAUUUAAAGACAGAUAUAAAUUUACUGGGGGAACUCCAAAAUAA